AUGUAUCAACAUAUCAAUGUUGAACGAACAUCAAAGACUUCAAUUCGAAUUCAUCCUGAAAAUGGCUCUAUUCCAUAUUCAUACUCUCAAUGGCGUUCAAGUUCACUUAUGCCUCGUGCAAUUACGCCAUGUGAACAUGCUAUUUAUAUGCAUCUUUUAUCAAUACUCAUUGAAAAUGUUUUUAAUAAAUAUAAUAUUUCAUAUACGAUGAUGGCUGCUACACUACUCGGUAGUUAUACACGUCAUGAUAUAUUACCAUGGGAUGAUGAUGUUGAUCUAUGUGUUUCAGUUUCGGAUCGUUAUCGUUUACAAUCAAUUAUUAUUCGAGAACUUUCAGCAGAGCCCUAUUCAAUUAUUAUAAUGCAAUUAUAUAAUAAGCGUAAUUAUGAUAAGAUAUUUUUCUCCUGGUGUCCUCAUGCUGGUAAAACACCAUGGCGUUUUCCUUUUAUCGAUAUAUUUUAUCAUGAUCAAAAUGGCACACAUGUUUGGCUAUUAGGAGAGCCGCGAAGUUGUCCCGUUCGUCUUGCAGAUGUAUUUCCUCUAAUACUUCGUCCUUUAGGAGUAUUAUGGUUAUACGCACCUCGAGAACCAAUGGCUCACUUUGAAUCACGCAAGAUGAGAUACAUUGAAACGGGCUGUUAUGCUUUUCCAUAUUCUCAUAAAUAUGAAAGAAAGUUGAGAAAUCGUGCUCUUUUUAUCUAUUGUACCAAACUGAAAUUCGUUUAUCCAUAUGUUGAACGACAAUGUGUAUUAAAUAAAUGUACUGAAUACCUGAAAUUGGGCAGUAAAACUAUAAUACAUAAGGUUGUGUAUCAUUAUACUUAUAGAACAUUUUUAUAUGCAGAAAAAAAUCCAUCAUUCAUCGCAUGUUAA